GAUGACACGCUGUGCAGAUCGGGAGCGCAGUUAGAAAACAACAUUCCUCGUUGGCGAUCGGCAUUGCGGCUCAACGACAAUGGCUCCUUGCCUGCGCGGCAUUUUCCAACUAAACGAACGAAUCGUUCUCCUCGGGCUCUGCAUCCUGCUACUAGGAGAUCCCUGGCCAAUAGCCGCCCAGAGGAGCACCGGCGGCAAAAAUGUUUUGCGGCGCAACUACACGGGAAAGAAGCCCGAGGUUAUACAACACCUGUCACAGGAUGCCACCCAUUACUAUGGACACGAAAAUGGUGCCAAAAUCAUAAAAUCCUCACACUUUGAAUAUGAUUAUACCCUGGGACGUAAAAUUACUUUCUUCUGCAUGGCUCAAGGCAUUCCUAGACCCACUAUAACCUGGUUCAAGGAUGGAGCAGAGCUCUACCAGCAUCGCUUCUUUCAGGUCCACGAGUCUCAUGAAGAGGCCAAUAUUGUUAAAUCUAAAAUGGAAAUAGAUCCAACCACUCAGAUGGAUGCUGGUUUUUAUGAAUGUCAAGCCGAUAAUAUCUAUGCCAUUGAUCGUCGUGGCUUUCGCACGGACUAUGUUAUGGUUAAUUUUUAAGCCAAGUUUCUCAUGUUUUUAAAAAUAAAUCGUAUAAAAAUAAAUCGUAAUAAAAGCUGUUUUUUAAA